AGAGUUUCCCCUCUGGGAUCAAUAAAGUAUUUCUGAUUCUGAUUAACCCUAAUAAUAAUAAUUCAUCAACACCAAGGGAAUUCACAGCAAAUAAAGAUAUUAAAAGUUAAAAAUGUCAUAACUUUGUAAUAAUUCUUUAAAGCAGUUUAGCAUCUUUCCACUGAACAGUCAGCUACAACUAUAUCUGCUGAAGUAUACAGUCAUUUUUUGUAAAAAAAAAACAUGUAUUUGCUCUUAUUUAAGUAGUUGAUGUGACUGUAAUACCAGUGCUAAUUUCUGGUCACAGCCAGUGUCAGAGGCUGAAAACCAAAGAACCACUUCAGGUUUGUUUUAAGUGAACUUUCCCUUUAAGCAGGGAGGUCAAUGCGGACACAACUGAAUAAAUAUUUCAGUUGAUUGAAGGAAGGGCAAGGAAAUUAAAUAUUAACAGACAAACAGAUUAUGAGCUAAAGCCUGAAUGUGUGUUCAAUACUGUAAUUAUAUGACAGUACUUUGAACUGUGCUUCUGAUUAGUGGUCGGCAAAAGAGAAUUCACAUUUGAUAAGAUACAGAAACUGAUAAAGAUACAGUAAAUGGAGGGUUUGAAGUUUCUCAUAAACAAAGAAUUGCUUGACUCAAACAAAAGGUAAACAUCUCUGUUUACUUUUAAAAGUCAUCUUUACAGAGUAAUGGGGAGAUCUAUGCAGUGCAGGUGUAAACACUGAAUACUAAAUUCUUCUGCAUAUACAUCAGUACUUCUAAAUGUUGCAUUUUUGCACACUUCCAAACGUUACUUAAUGUACUGAGACAACCAAUUAAUUAUAAGGGUGUGUUAGAGCAGCCUGGUCGUUGGCCAACUUCUUUUAGGUGACAGCAGUGUACUAUGUCAACACAACGUUUCCUAAGAACAGACAUCAGUGUUAAAUCUAAAAAAACCCCCAUAUAUUUACAAAUAGCAAGAAUUCCAGUGCAUAUUUUGUCCCACUGCAGACUCUGCCCUCAAUAAAUCACCCACCUUACCCAGCUUUCAGUGUUUGCUCUGCCCUCUAUUAAGCAUUUCUAUGUUAGUAUUUGCUUUUAGAACUUGAAAUGACAUCCCUAAAAUCACAAGCUACCAUUUCCUCAAAAGGGGGAAACAGACAGGAGGACAAGAUCAUGUGAGUAAACCUACAAUACAAUAAGAAAAUCACUUCAUAAGAUGUCUACCAAUUAUUCACAACAUCAUUAAACCUUUCCCUGAUUGACUUACUUUAUCCUGCAUAUAGCUAUAAUGAGUUAUAAUCAUUUUAGAUUUAAAGCUGUGAUAACUGUUUUACAAGGGAUUAUCUCAGCACCAAUCAAAAGUGAGGGGGAAAAAAACCCUCAUGGUAUUGCUUACAUUUCUAUGGUAACAUGCCAGGCACGUGAAAUGUCAAUAAAUUUUGGGCGGGAAUAGCAGUCUUAGAAUGUAGCUACAGCCAACAAUCAAUGUUAGUCCAGGUUUGAGUGCAUGAGAAAAAAAGAUCGUGAGUCAGUUCUCACACUCAAAAUGUACAUCAGAGCUCCUCACAGAGGCAAUAUCUACCAGUUUUGCUAAUUAUUAAUAGAAAAUUACUUUCAAGAUGAAAGAGAUCAUCGAAGUUAUAGCACUUUUCCUAGGUUUUGUAGGCUGGAUAACAAUUUUCAUAUCACUACAAGAUCAGUAUUGGAAAGAAUCCACCCAAGAUGGCAGCGUAAUUAUAACCGCCACAAUCUAUGAGAACCUCUGGAUGUCUUGUGCUAGUGAUUCAACAGGGAUCUAUGACUGUCGUGACUUUCCAUCCCUUUUUGCUCUCCCAGGGUACAUUCUGGCCUCCCGGACACUCAUGAUCGUUGCCAUUGUGUUUGGGACGUUUGGGCUUGUGGCUACUCUCGCAGGAAUGCAGUGCUCAAAAAUAGGAGGAGAAAACUACGUCCUGAAGGGGAGGAUCGCUGCAAUUGGAGGAGUGUUUUUUUUACUACAGGGGAUUUGCACCAUGAUUGCUAUAUCUUGGUAUGCAGCCAACAUCACACAGCAGUUCUUUGACCAGUUUUAUCCAGGGAUAAAGUAUGAGUUUGGAGAGGGCUUGUAUAUCGGCUGGUCUUCAGCCAUACUUGCCAUUUGUGGAGGUUCAUGCCUGAUGUGUGCUUGCCAAGUCAAAACACCAAAUGAAAAAAUACCAUAUCCAUACGAGCCAUCCUCCAGAGGACACGUGCUAUCAACUGCGGAAACAUCUCAGUCUGUCCCGAGCAACUAUGGAAGAAAUGUGUAUGUCUGAGAAGUUGUUGUGUAGGAGGGAAAGCUGGCUGGGUUGGAGUCAGUUCACCAGAUUGACAGCGUUUUUUAUUCUGAAUGCACUAUGAGAGGGCAGCAUUUACAGUGGAAAACACCUAAAGACUCAUGAUCACAUAUAGUAGUUUAAGAGCAGUAACUUUGGUUUGAUUUGGGGAUUUAUUGGCUUUAUCCAGUCUAAACCUUAUUCUGAUACUUGCUGUAUAAUUUGUAAAACCUUUUUAUGCCUUAUUACUUUUCCUUUCCUUUAUUUUAAAGAUUACUAAAGGAUGAAUUGAUUGUAAGAAAAAAAUGCAAGAAAUCUAAUGAAUAUACCAUGAAAAAUCGGAUCCUCUGACCUUUGGGGACAUACUACUUUGACAACAAUAUUUUAAAGGUUUUAAGACUUAAAAAAAGUCUGUUUAUGACUUUAAAAUUCUAACUAGGAACACAUGGCAAUCAGAAAGCAUUUAAUCCUCAAAUCACAUUAAGCAGUUUUACAAUUGUGUUCAAGUUCAUAAAGUUUUUGUUAGUA